GAGCAUUGAAGUGUCGAGGAUCCGCGUUUCCAGCUUCGUGGCCGCGCGACCUGUCAGGAUGAGUGCCUCGCGUGCUAUCGGAGGCUCUUCGAGGCUUCUCGGCAAUUUGGCACGUUCGCACAACUCGGGUCUCGCGCGACAUUGGGUAUGCCGACGAUGCGCUUCCACUGCGGUACUCCCGACGCUGUCCGCGACCCUGAGGGCACCGUCGCAACAAUGGCCGCUGGACCGGCGGUGGCAGCAACGACGAGGUGCUGCCGGCGCCGCGGCUGCAAUGCUCGAAGAAGCCCAGGAUGACCCCGAGGCCCUCUCUCAAGAGACCAUCAUUCACAACUUGGCGCCCGAGGAGGCGCACCGGCUGUCAAGAGUACGAAACAUUGGUAUCGCGGCGCAUAUUGAUUCCGGCAAAACGACGGCGACGGAACGUGUCCUCUUCUACACGGGCCGGAUCAAGUCCAUCCAUGAAGUCCGUGGCAAAGACGCAGUCGGGGCGAAGAUGGACUCGAUGGAACUCGAACGAGAAAAGGGCAUCACCAUCCAAUCCGCCGCCACUUUCUGUGAUUGGGUGAAAAAGGAAAACGGCAAGGAAGAAAAAUACCACAUCAACUUGAUCGACACGCCCGGACACAUUGACUUUACCAUUGAGGUGGAGCGUGCACUGCGGGUGCUUGACGGCGCUGUCAUGAUUCUAUGUGCCGUUUCCGGCGUCCAAAGUCAGACCAUCACAGUGGACCGACAGAUGCGGAGAUACAAUGUGCCCCGAAUCACCUUCAUCAACAAAAUGGACCGGAUGGGCGCAAAUCCCUGGAAAGCCGUCGACCAGAUCAACAAGAAGCUCAAAAUCGCCGCCGCGGCUGUUCAGGUACCCAUCGGCGCCGAAGACGAGUUCCGCGGCGUGGUCGACCUGAUCACCAUGAAGACAUACUAUGCCGAGGGCGAGCGUGGUGAGAUCAUUGUCACCAAGGACGAAAUCCCAGCCGAGGUUCAGCAGCUCGCAAAGGAGAAAAGGGCAAAGCUGAUCGAGACACUUGCCGAUGUCGACGACGAAAUUGCCAACUUGUUCUUGGAUGAACAGGAGCCCACGGUUGAGCAGCUGAAGGCCGCCAUUCGGAGGGCGACCAUCUCGCUAAAGUUCACGCCAAUUUUCAUGGGAUCUGCUCUCGCCGAUAAAUUCAUCCAGCCGAUGCUCGACGGUGUCUGCGACUAUCUUCCCAACCCAUCAGAGGUAUCAAACACCGCUCUGGACCGAAGGCAGAAGGAGGCUCCGGUCAAGCUUGUACCUUACAAUUCGCUGCCCUUCGUCGGUCUGGCAUUUAAGUUGGAGGAAUCAAACUUUGGUCAACUCACCUAUAUCCGUGUGUAUCAAGGCAAACUGCGAAAGGGCCUGAACGUGUUCAAUGCCCGAACUGAUAAGAGAGUCAAGAUUCCCCGUAUUGUUCGCAUGCACUCCAACGAGAUGGAAGAAGUGAACGAAGUCGGUGCCGGAGAGAUCUGCGCGGUGUUUGGGAUUGACUGUGCAUCCGGAGACACGUUUACGGACGGGCAGUUGGGCUACACCAUGACCAGCAUGUUCGUGCCCGAACCCGUCAUCUCUCUCAGUAUCAAACCGAAGAACAACAAAGACUUACCCAACUUCUCCAAAGCCAUUGCCCGGUUCCAGCGCGAAGAUCCGACAUUCAGAGUCCAUUUCGACACCGAAAGCGAGCAGACAAUCAUCUCGGGCAUGGGUGAACUCCACCUCGAGGUCUACGUCGAGCGUAUGCGCCGAGAAUACAAGGUCGAUUGCGAAACAGGACCACCUCGCGUUGCUUACCGAGAGACCAUCACCAAACGGGUCGAAUUCAACCAUCUCCUCAAGAAACAAACCGGCGGAGCGGGUGAUUACGCCCGUGUUGCUGGCUAUAUGGAGCCCAAAGGUAACCUCGAGGGCAACCACUUUGAGGAACAUAUUAUUGGUGGCGCCAUUUCCGAGAAAUUCUUGUUUGCUUGUGAAAAGGGAUUCCACCUGUCUUGCGAAAAGGGCCCCUUGGUCGGACACAAAGUCCUCGGCGCGACCAUGAUCAUCAAUGACGGCGCAACACACAUGACGGAUUCGAGCGAAAUGGCAUUCAAGAACGCGACGCAGCAGGCCUUCCGAAAAGCAUUCAUGGACGCCGACCCGGUGGUGCUGGAGCCGAUGAUGAAGACGGUCGUGACGGCCCCGACCGAGUUCCAGGGCAACGUGGUCGGACUGUUGCAGAAGCGCAACGCCGUGAUCAACGACACCGAAGUCGGCGUGGACGACUUCACGGUCUGGGCCGACACCAGCCUCAACGGCAUGUUUGGAUUCAGCGGCAACCUGCGGGCGGCGACGCAGGGCAAGGGCGAGUUCAGUAUGGAGUUCAGCCACUACGAGCGCGCUCCGAUGCAACUGCAGAAGGAGCUCCAGUCCGAGUUCUUGAAGGCCCAGGCCGAGAGGAACAAGAAAUGAAAAAGGGACUGCACUGUCUUGAGGUGGGACGAAUGAAAGGGGGCGUGAAGCCGGCUUUGUCGCCAGCCUGUCCAAACAUGCUCUCAGGACGUUGGCCUUUCUCCGUGGGGGUUAUGUGGCAAUCGGCCCGAGUUGAGGCUUUCCUGGCCCGUGCAAACGAAGAGGCUGGCUGGGCAGGAGAAGUACGCCAGAACCUGGCGAGCAAGGCAUGAUGUUGGAGAUUCGGAACGCUCCUCGACGGCCGCAGAGCAUUCUGUUGGCCGAGACCCACAGGUGACGGUCGUCAUCUUGCAAAAAGUUGCAGUUGAUGUGUUGUCACGUCGAUACCUGGUUGUGCAGGGAGUCAUGAGUCGACCAUGAACACGAGGUACUGGUGUGCGUUUUGAGUUGGGAUCUCGUAGGAUGGACGGCACCGCUGGGUCGGGUGUUGCAAAAAGGGGGUCGGCGUCGUAGAUGGUUCUUUCCGGGGGCAUGUGUUACUACUACCACUCUACUCUGAGCGUUUGCAUUCGCCGUUUAGAACUACCCAGCUUCGGCGUGUACAUCUAGACUUACACAUACUAGUCAAAUGGGAGAGGAUGGGGAAGUAGCCGGGAAUUUCGCAGGCCCUCCCGGACUGAGCAGAAUUGAAAAAGGCUUUUGUUUGGGCUGCCUCAUCUGUAUUCAUCGUGGACACACCAUACGGAGCAACAUGUCCAUCCAUCCAUCUCUUUCCCUACGUUGGUGAGUAAGCGAGCGUGACUCCAUUCCGGAAUUGAGGCCGGCCUUUUGUAGUUGCAUGUAGCAGUUCGAGAUGAGGAAGGAAGGCAGAGGAAACACAAAACGAGUCUCGUCAAGUGAAG